AUGGCGAGCGGCCGGCAGUCGGCACGAAAUACCUCCACAGGCCUCUGGAGUCGUCAGAUGGAGUCAGAUGGAAUAACAUCCAUCCACCGAGUAUCGUUCCCCACUAAACCUGCUUACUUUCUGCUCGCACCGCGUGAGACCCCGGCAAUGGUCCAUGGCAAAGGCAUCGUCCGACGGUCGCAGGACCGGUCGGCUAGACGGUCCAUGGUAGCCUGCAACCGAUGCCGUAGCCGGAAGACCCGCUGUGCCGGCAACCCGCCUCUCCCUUGCGCUGCGUGCGUCGAUGUUGGCCAGGCAUGCGUGUAUUCUGAGGCGGAGAAGCGCAUAUCGAUCACUGAAAGUUACUAUCGCCAACUACAGUCGCAGUCGCAGUCACACGCAGAGUCGCAGUCACCCAUGCAAGCCCGAGCACCACGCGAUUCAUCCAUUACAGAGAGCGAUCGACCUACCCCUUCUAGUAUCCCUUCGAGCACACCGUCUAUAGUGACCCGCUAUUCAGAAGGCGAGGUGCCGUUGGAGCGAGACGACUGGUGGUAUAAGGGUGCCGACAACCUGCUACUGAACCGAUCGGGAGAACAUCAUUUUGUGGGUGCAUCCUCCACCACCCAUCUGGCUAAGCGCCUCAACCCGGGUUCAACGAACCUGGCAUGGGAUGUGCGCCCUCUCUACGAUGACCCCACAUCCUUGCGACGGCCCGUAGCAGGAUCCUUGCCUCAACUACCACCCUUUGAGUUUGCAAAACGACUCUUCUGGGUGCAAUACGCCUACAUCGGCACCAUCUUCUCUUUGAUCCACCCUCGGCAAUUUGAAGAUCGGCUAGAUUUUGUCUAUCAUCAGCCACCCGACUUCUCACACCGUGAAACAUGCCUGAUCUACUGCCAGGCCUUGCUGGUCAUUGCAUUUGGGCUCAUGUACUCGGUCAACCAGUGGUCAGGCGAUGAGGGACCCCCGGGCUUCAAAUACUUCAAACAUGCCUUGCGAUUCUUGCCGGAUAUUCACGAAGAAGGCUCGAUAUUCUUCGUCGAAGUGCUGUGCUAUGUGGCAUAUUACAUGCAGAAUCUCAAUCGACGGGACGCAGCGUUCAUAUAUAUCGGCCUCGCGCUUCGAAUGGCUAUCUCCCUCGGACUCCACCAAGAGGUCUCAGAUCCAGGAAUUAGUGAGACAGACCGAAACCGCCGCCGCCGAGCUUGGUGCGUUCUCUCGGUCAAAUCCGGUAACCCCAUUACAAUUCAUGAUGAAGAUAUUGGCACAACAUGGCCAGCUGCGCUAGAUGGGUCAACUUCAGAUCCCUGGCCAUCUAUUGUCCUGACUCACUACACACAACUCUCCCGUAUAUUGGGAAGAAUUGGCGAGGAGAUUUAUCGAAAGAAGCCCCGCUCCGGAUCCAAUCUGAUCAUGUCUGUACAGAGCAUCACCAAUGAUCUUUCCAGCUGGCUCCGAUCGAUCCCAGAUCGCCUUCGAAUCGAUUUCACUACACUCGAGACACACAUAAACCGUGAGACUGUGUCGAUUAACCUGCACUUUUACUCGUGUGUGAACAUGACUGCACGUCCCCUUGUGUUUUAUAUCAUCCAAAGACGGCUCGAUGCAGGUAUCCUUGAGACUUCAGCUGCAGAUUGGAAAGAGGGCCUGGCUCCGAACACUGUCGCUGUCAUCGAAAGCUGCAUCACGGCUGCCCGCGCUACAACGUUGAUUAUGGACGCGGCCGCCAGGCAAAAUCUCAUUGCUACCUACGGCUACCUUGAUGGCGAGUAUAUUUUCUCUGCAGCACUGCUGCUUGUGAUGGUGAACGCCGCCUUUCCACACAAUGAAACCAACGCACGGUCGAUGGAGACGGCGCUGAAUCUCCUUCGGAGCAUGGCUGACAGGGGAAAUGCCUAUUUGGGCUCCCGCCACUCCCUGCUUCUAGAGCUACGGGCGGCCAUCGGCCCUAAACCCGUCCAACGCGAUAUUGAUCGCCUGAGCCCUGCUCCAAACGUCCCUGACUCGCCUAGGAGCGAUCGACCACCUGUUUCAGGCAUGGAUGCCCUUGACCCAAAUUCACCCCCUGUACUUGCCGGGGACUGGCCGCAGCCUCCCGAUCUUUCGUUGUUGCGAGACAUCUCCUUCCAAUUUGAUCUCAAUGACGAUUCGGCGCUUUGGGAGGGCGCAUUGAACCAGAUCGACAUCGACAUGGAUACGGACUGGAUUGAGAAUACUUUGAAACGAUAG